CGGGGUUGCCAUGUCAUGUCGAACGGGGCCGUUAGUUAGAACACUGCAUAGGGCCAAUCAUGGCAGACAGCGCUCCUAGGAGAUGCAAGCUGGAAGCCGCACCCGGGGAUCCGCCAACCCGGAGAUCGCCUCGGAUGCGGGGCUCGUUCACUCUCGUCUUGAUCAUCUCAUGAUAAGGCGGGGACUAUAACUGAAACCAAGGCCUCUAUAUCGUGUUGUGAAUCAAGACGAAGAACGCUUCUAAUUGUUGCUCGUCAAACCUGAACACGCGGAGAGCGGCGGAACAGCUUCUUUACAAACAGGAGUGGCUAACCCGUCCCAUCACCAUGGCCACUGAUCACAAGGAGAAGCCGAAGGUGCUGCUGCUGGGCGUUAUUGAGCACGCUCAUUCUGCCUGGGCCGCCGUCAGCGAGAUCGCCACGAUCAUCACCCCGCAAUCCACCAACCGCGCCAGUUUUUUAGAAGAGGCCCGCUCGGGCGCCUUUGACGGUUGUGUCGCGGCCUACCGCACCUUUGACUCCUUCGAGGUGACGGGCAAGAUCGACGGCGAGCUGCUCGACGCUUUUGGGGAGCAGCGCUCGUCGCUCCGUUUUGUGUGCCACAAUGGCGCCGGGUAUGACCAGGUCGACGUGCCCGCGUGUACGGCGCGCGGGAUCCGCGUGAGUAACACGCCCACGGCUGUCGACGAUGCCACGGCGGACCUGGCUAUCUUUCUGAUGUUGGGCGCGCUGCGGAAUCUGGGCGUCGGUAUGGCGGCCUUGAGGAGGGGGGAGUGGCGCGGCGGAGGCGGGGCGGGUGAGCAGCCGGCGCUGGGGCAUGAUCCGCAGGGGAAGGUAUUGGGGAUUUUGGGGAUGGGCGGUAUUGGGAGGAAUAUGGCGCGGAAGGCGGCUCUGGCGUUUGGUAUGAGGAUUCGAUACCAUAAUCGCACGCGGCUAGAUCCGGGCGUGGAGCGGGAGUUGGGCGGAGCCGAGUAUGUCGGUUUUGACACGUUGCUGGCUGAGAGCGAUGUGUUGAGCUUGAACCUGCCCCUGAACCCGAAAACCCGGCACACCAUCUCCCGAGCCGAAUUCGCCAAGAUGAAGAAGGGCAUCGUGAUCGUCAACACGGCACGGGGCGCCAUCAUGGACGAGGCGGCCCUUGUCGAGGCGCUCGAUUCCGGCCAGGUCAGCUCGGCCGGCCUCGACGUGUACGAGCAGGAGCCGCACAUCCACCCGGGCCUGAUCUCGAACCCGCGCACGCUGCUGGUCCCGCACAUGGGGACAUGGACGGUCGAGACGGAGAGGAAGAUGGAGGAGUGGGCUAUCAGCAAUGUCCGGAUGGCCAUUGAGCGGGGUCGGCUGCGGAGCAUUGUCCCGGAGCAGCGGAAUAUGUGAAGAGCGGAGUGGGAGGGACAAGACCGAACCCUGGGUCAAACCGAUCGUCUCGAGGGCUGAGGACGAGGGACACGGUGCGCAUAGAAGUAUGGCUGCGAACGGAUGGCUGCGGGUUUCCAUCCUAUGGCAAUCGAUAGACAGGCGUCCCUAUCUAUACUGCAAACAUGUUAACCUCGGCGUACGCCAAUGACCACGAUGGAUCACUGAGGCGGUACAGAUCCACAGAAUCGACCUAGUAUGAGGAAACUAAGUGCCGGGCAGGUCAUGCAGGAAGGCAAUGGCGCAAACAAAAGCGGCAGCCCAGGUAUCGUCCAGCCAAGGCCAAGUAG